AGCAGCGGUCCCGGUUCCCGGGCUCGGCGGCGCGGGCGAGCGUGAGCGUUUCAGACCUGGCUAACCUGAGGCCCAAAUGAACACCUCAACCCGUGUCAUUUAUUUGCAUGGUAUACAAGACCAGGAACUCAGAGCUGAUGCUGGAGUACAGCUGAUGCUGGAGUACACUGCAGGACAUCCAGGAGGCAGACUCCGGCAUGCAAGGAUGUUCAGUUCUUCUCCACAAUGAAUGAGUGUUACUAUGAUAAGCGGAUGGACUUUUUUUAUAAUAGGAGCAACACUGACACUGCUGAUGAGUGGACAGGAACGAAGCUUUUAACUGCUUUGUGUCUUGGAACAUUUUUCUGCCUGUUUAUCUUUUUUUCUAAUUCUCUAGUCAUCGCAGCAGUGAUCAAAAACAGAAAGUUUCAUUUCCCCUUCUACUACCUGUUGGCUAACCUAGCUGCUGCAGACUUCUUUGCUGGAAUUGCCUAUGUGUACCUGAUGUUUAACACUGGCCCAGUUUCAAAAACUCUGACUGUCAACCGGUGGUUUCUCCGCCAGGGACUUCUGGACGCUAGCUUAACAGCCUCCUUGACCAAUUUGUUGGUUAUUGCCGUGGAAAGGCACAUGUCAAUCAUGAGAAUGCGGGUCCACAGCAACCUGACCAAAAAGAGGGUGACGCUGCUCAUCUUGUUCGUCUGGGCCAUCGCCAUCUUUAUGGGGGCUGUCCCCACGCUGGGCUGGAAUUGCCUCUGUGACAUCUCUGCCUGCUCUUCCCUGGCCCCCAUUUAUAGCAGGAGUUACCUCAUUUUCUGGACUGUGUCCAACCUCAUGGCCUUCUUCAUUAUGGUCGUGGUGUACCUGAGGAUCUACAUGUAUGUAAAGAGGAAAACCAACGUCUUGUCUCCGCAUACGAGUGGGUCCAUCAGCCGCCGGAGGACGCCCAUGAAGCUAAUGAAGACGGUGAUGACUGUCUUAGGGGCCUUCGUCGUGUGCUGGACGCCAGGCCUGGUGGUUCUGCUGCUCGACGGCCUGAACUGCACGCGGUGCAACGUCCAGCACGUGAAAAGGUGGUUCCUGCUGCUGGCGCUGCUCAACUCCGUCAUGAACCCCAUCAUCUAUUCCUACAAGGAUGAGGACAUGUACAGCACCAUGAAGAGGAUGCUCUGCUGCUUCUCGCAAGAGAAGAACCCGGAGAGGCGGCCCUCCCACCUCCCCUCCAUGGUCCUCAGCCGGAGCGACACGGGGGGCAGCCAGUAUAUGGAGGAUAACAACCGAGGCCCCGUCUGCAACAGGAGCAGCUCGUAGGCUGUGAUGCCCCUCCGCCCACCCCAGCCUCCUAGGGGAGAAGAGGUGUUUGGAAUGGGUACCUGUCUCCAACAAAGCCCACGUACAGUGUUAUUUGAGCUCUGAAAGAAUCAUUGGGAGGUUUGCUUCAAAAAUUGUUUUAUGUCAAGUAAAAGCAUGGGCAGAAGAGAGAGGACACGUACAUUUAGAGAGAAGCACAGAAAGAAGGACGGCAGCACAAUGGAUUCCCACCUGAGGCCCCGUGACCCUCUCGGAGCACCACCCACCAGGCCGUGUGUUCUGGUCUCUGCCUCCAUCUUGUAGACAUUGUCUCUUAGUUUUCAAAGGAUGUUGUUAAAAGGCUUAGGCCAAAAUAAAUAAAAACGUUAUUUGAGCCACUAUCCGUAGCUGCUUGGAAAGCAUAUGUAGUUCUUUCUGCAUGCAUCUGAAAUUUUUAAAAAUGCUUCAGCAGUGAUGUUUUUCUCCUCAAACAAACCAUGGCCAGUAGCUAGGUGUUCAGUAGGAAUCUCAAAGUAACACAUCAGUCAGGGCUCCAGAAAAUGAACUUGAUCUUUAACUGAAAGGACAGUCUGAGGAAAAAAGAUUUGCUCUAAUAACGAAAAAGGUAAACAUUAAACACUCUACUUGCAGCGAAAAGAGAGGCCUUGAUAUAGUCCUCUCAGUGUGCACGCAUAUUGACACACUUCAAAUUUGUAUUGAAAGACAUCACAGAUAGCGAUGGUGAAUUAAAUUCACUGGCCACCUAGACUUUUCAGCCUAGGACUAAUAGUUGUAGAAAUGACCUCUUAUGCUCUAAUAGCAAGGGGUGAUUCAUUUGAAAACAGAUCAGCAGGGUGAAAAGCAUAUUAGCAUGUGGGCCAAGUUCCUUGCAUAUAGGAUUGCAUAUGAGUUCCAGUUCAGUCACUCAGUUGUGUCCAACUCUUUGUGACCCCAUGAACCGCAGCACACCAGGCCUUCCUGUCCAUCACCAACUCCCUGGAGUUCACCCAAACUCAUGUCCAUUGAGUCAGUGAUGCCAUCUAACCAUCUCAUCUUCUGUCAUCCCCUUCUCCUCCUGCCCUCAAUCUUUCCCAGCAUCAGGAUCUUUUCAAAUGAGUCAGCUCUUCACAUCAGGUGGACAAAGUAUUGGAGUUUCAGCAUCAGUCCUUCCGAUGUACACCCAGGACUGAUCUCCUUUAGGAUGGACUGGUUGGAUCUCCUUGCAGUCCAAGGGACUCUCAAGAGUCUUCUCCAACACCACAGUUUAAAAGCAUCAAUUCUUUGGCACUCAAUAGUUGAAUCUGUCUAUCAAGUUCCCUCCAUACCCUGGUAACUUGUGAGAUUUAAUAUAUAGAGUAAUUUUCACAUCUCAUAUUUUACCUACAAUUAUUGACAUAUUUCCAGUACUUGCUUUACUUAUGGACUGCAUUUUGAUCUGGGUUCUAUUUAAAAUUUUUCUCCUUCCAAGACCUAAGUAACAUGAAAGGCAAGUCAGUAAGAAAAGCUUUAUGCAUGUAGGCUACUGGCCAGAGUUUUCUAAGUAAAGCAUGUAGAUUAUAUUCUGAUUUUAACAUAAGAAUAACUUCAAAGCAGAUAUUAUAGUAUUUAUGUAGUUUGCAAAAGAAGUUUACGUUUUUUUUGCUAUUGUGAUAUGACAUUUUUGUGCAAAAACUACUUGUAAUAAAAGGAUUUGAGAAGUCAUGCUUUUAAAUAUAAUGACCCAAAAUAGAGAGUAGUAUGAUUUGAAGGUAUAGAUUUCACAAACUGUGUAGUAAGUGGAUCUGUCUGAAGCUUAUACCAAAGCUACCUAUAAAA